CCUGGUUUAUUUUCUUCCUCUCUCCGAACUCUUCAAUCUACCACAUCUCGAACCCUUUCCUGCGUCUUAUUGAAAUACAGCGAUUGACAAGACAUUUGGAAGAGUGACGAAGAGCUGCUGGUCACUUGACCUUCCGCAGAACUACUUGAACACGACAUUGCGACUUCCUCAUACUAAUCGCCGCGUUCCUGAGACGACUGAUACCCUGCAACACCAUUCCUUCACCUGAAUCCCAGCUCCGCGCAAGAAGACGAGCCAUCACCAACGAUUUCCCUAAUUCCAUCUUUGCUAACCCCCGACCUCUCCGUCUCACACUCCCACCGCCUCUUCAACCACAUCCUCCACCAUGGCCCGCAACUCCGAAAAAGCGCACUCGAUGCUCUUCCGCUUCCGCGCCGCCCAAGCCGCCGAAGCCGGCAUCAUCGACAUCUCACGGACCCGCCGCCCCAAACUCAUCACAACCAUAACCUCGAUCCCCGUAGCCGAAAAAUGGCGCUCCCAAGUGCUCCGAGAGAUCUCGCGCAAGGUGACCAAGAUCCAGGACCCCGCGCUGUCCGACUACCAGAUCCGCGACCUCAACGACGAGAUCAACAAGCUGAUGCGCGAGAAACACAUGUGGGAGCACCAGAUACGGAGUCUCGGCGGGCCGAAUUAUAUGCGUGGCGGGAGGGUGCUGGAUGAGGACGGGAGGGAGGUUCCUGGGGGUGGGAAGGGGUAUCGGUAUUUUGGCCGCGCGAGGGAGUUGCCGGGGGUGAAGGAGUUGUUUGAGAGGCAGAUGCGGUCGGAGGGACAGGAGGAGGGCGGGGAUAAGGAGAAGGGGGAGAGGAGGGCGGAGCUAAGGCAGAGGGUCGAUGCGGCGUAUUAUGGGUAUAAUUUGGAUGAGGAGGACGGCACGUUGUUGGCGUAUGAGAGGGCGAGGGAGAAGGAGGCGUGGGAUAAUUGGCUACAGGUUGGGGAUGAGGGUGUGGUGGAGAAGAAGACGCAGAAGGAGAAGGAGGAGUGGGUGGAGAUUCCGGGGGAUAAGGGCGAUGGGAUUGGGUGGCGUUUGCCGACGCUGGAAGAGGUGGAGGCGGAAUUGAUUGAUAGGAGGAAGAGGAAGCUCUUGGAUAGGCUUGGAUGAAGUAUCUCGACCAUGGUGGUUGGGGGUUAGAACUAAAUGCUCCCACCACUCGAUGCGGAGCCGUCGGUAUUAUAAUUGAGAACAAGAGCACGGACAAGAAAGGAAAAGCAGAUUGAUACCCGUUGCCAGACCGGUUAGGAACUUAUUUGUACAUCAUUAGUAGCGAUAUAGAGCCGCAAAGUGGGUUCGUGUUCCGCCGUCUCAUGUCAAAGUAUCAUUUUACUGUCGCUGU